GCAACAGGAUUCUCUGCUUUCCAUAAUACAAAAUUCUAUUAUAUUUUAUCCUUCUCUGUCUUGUUUCUUGUCUCGUAGUGAACUUGGUAGCAACCACCGAGAAGAGAGAGAGAGAAAGAGUGAAGAAGAUUACCGACGGCGAAACACCAUGGCUACCGACUUCAAAGCCAUCCCCAUAAUCGAUAUUGCUCCUUUGUUGGCCAAGUGGGAUGAUCCAAAAAUGGCUCAAGACCCAGGUGUAUGUGAAGUUGUUAAACAAUUGGACCAGGCUUGCAGAGAGGCAGGCUUCUUCUAUGUGAAGGGUCAUGGUAUUCCAGAGUCCCUCAUCAGGGAGGUUAGAAGCAUCUCACACAAAUUUUUUGAGCUUCCAUAUGAAGAAAAACUCAAGAUCAAGAUGACUGCAGCCACUGGAUACAGGGGAUACCAGAGAGUUGGUGAAAACAUAACCAAAGGUGUGCCAGAUAUGCACGAAGCUAUUGAUUGUUAUCGAGAAGUAAAACAAGGGAUGUAUGGAGCUCUUGGCAAAACCAUGGAAGGAUGUAAUCAAUGGCCUCACAAUCCUCUGAACGUCAAAACACUGAUGGAGGAGUACGUUAGUGUUUGCACAGACCUUUCAAGAAAGAUCAUGCGUGGGAUUGCUCUAGCACUAGGUGGUUCACCAAAUGAAUUUGAAGGUGAAAUUGCUGGAGAUCCAUUUUGGGUGAUGCGUCUUAUUGGUUACCCUGUGUUGACGAUUGGAAAUGGCCAACACAUGCCAGAAAAUGAUAUUGGAUGUGGAGCACACACUGACUAUGGUUUGCUGACGUUGGUUAAUCAAGAUGAUGAUAUUACUGCACUUCAGGUGAGAAACAAAUGCGGUGAGUGGAUAUCAGCUCCUCCUAUUCCCGGGACAUUUGUCUGCAACAUUGGUGACAUGUUGAAGAUAUUGUCCAAUGGUUUAUAUGAAUCAACUCUACAUCAAGUUAUCAACAACUCCCCAAAAUACCGGGUCUGCAUUGCUUACUUUUAUGAGACCAAUUUUGACGCAGUGGUGGAACCUCUGGAAGUCUGCACACAGAGAACUGGUGGGACAAAGAAGUUUGGAAGAGCUGUUUAUGGGGAGUAUUUAGUCAGCAAAGUUCAAACUAAUUUUGUUGAGUAGUAGUUUUCCUCCCAUUUUUAGGUAUUCUUGUUGUAUGAUGACUUUGUUUUAAUUGCAUUGACAAGCUUUGUGAUGAAAAAAUAAGGUUCAGCCCGUCUUUGCUUAUUGGAUGUAUCAGGCCAGGCACAGCAUGGCAAACAAUUUUCAUUAAAAAAAUUUCAAAUGUCAU